AUGGUGGCUGCAAUUGUUAAUACUGGACAAGAGUAUAUACAACUAGACACAUUUUCAGCUUUUUUGAAUAUGCCUAAUAUGAGUAAUCCAUUAUACCAAAAAAUCCAUAAUGACUUAAUUAAACACACCGAGAAUUCAGCUUUGGAAGCAAUGGAAAUGGCUGGUAAAGAAGAGGCUAGAAAUGGGUUUUCACUCUCCAAGGCGUUAGAUAUUCUUUUAAAUGAAGAUAUAGAGGGAAAUAUUUUUAUUGAACCUCCAUAUCCUCAUGUUGAGUCAGAUGGAGAUUCCGCAGAUGAGGAUGGGAGUGGUUUCGUUCACAAUCUCAGUUCUCGGCAAUUAUUAGCAAAUGCUGAAAUUCGAUUCCAAAACAAUGAACGUUUAUGCGUUAAUUAUGAAGUCAGUCAAAAUAAUAUUUCUCAAGUUCAUACUACACGUGAAACUUCUUCAAUCGUUGGACCUAAUCAGUCAUUGGAUAAAUAUAAAAAGUGGAUGAGCACUCGUAUAAAAUCGAAACGUAAACCAUGUUGGAUAAAGGAGGUCGACUUUGAUAUUGAAACUGCAACUGUAUUUCCUAAACCCGACUACUCAAAAUAUCAAAAUAUGUCCAUAACCGAAAUUUUUGAAAAGUUUAUUGACGAUGAAAUAAUACAACAUUUUGUAGAAGAAACCAAGAAUUACGCAUUAUUUUUAAAUUGUCCCGAUUCCAAUAUUACUGCCAACGAAAUUCGAUGUUUUUUGGCAAUUUUUUACGUAAGUGGCUAUAAUGAUUUACCAUCAAAACGUCAUUAUUGGAAUAAUGGUGAUGACAUGAAAAAUAUUGCUGUAUCCCAAUCAAUGCGCAGAGACAGGUGUUUGCAAAUUUGUCAAUUUUUCACUGUUCUCAUAAUACAGAAAUUAACCAGAAUGACAAAGGUUGGAAAAUUCGCCCUUUUAUGGAAAUGUUGA